AUAGAGUGAACCUUGUACAUUGUUAGUUGAUUUUCCCCCGUGAAAUGGCGAAGCGACACUUAGUUAGAAUCUGUGGCCGCCGUACCAGCGUUAGGAGUAUAGCCCAAACAGUAUUUGUUGGCUUUAGUUUGAUUUUCGUUCUACGUCAUAUUGACCUAGGCAACAGAAACGCAGUUUUAGAAGGCCUUCGCCCUGUUACUACAAGGGAGCACGCUAUAUUUUCCAUAAGUGACCAGCUCCGUCUAAGAUGUGAGGAAAGACACUCCACUCUGUAUUUGACUUCCACAGAGGAUGAACAGGUUCUAUCGGUAAAGUCUGAUGACCGAUGUUUCUCACGUGCCUUACGAAACUACUGUCCGGAGACUCCCGGGAGGAGGGUUCCUAACAUUGUACACUAUAUUUGGUUUGGCAUAAAGAAUAUGACAUUUUAUCAAUUAGUGAGUUUCCUCAGCGUCCAAAAAUUCCAGAAACCAUGUGUGAUUCUUGUGCAUGGAAACGUUGUUCCCAUUGGACCUUACUGGAGACAUUUGGUUCAUAAUGCGUCCAAUAUCGUCCACGUGAAAAUGACACCUCCAUAUCGUGUAACGAAUGGCCACAUUCUUCGUACCAUGACCCACAAAUCCAACAUUGCGAGACUGAUGGUGCUACAAGAACACGGUGGUAUAUACUUGGAUCUCGACACUGUCCUGCUCCGUUCCCUGGAUCCUCUGAUGAACUACCCCGUCUCCAUGAGUAUGGAGUACAAGUCCAAUCUUUGGAAUGGCCUCAUUGUAGCAGAACGAGACCCGCUCUUCAUACGCCACUGGAUAACUCUUUUCAAUCAGCAGUACUAUUAUGCUCAUAAAAAAAAGUUUGAAUUUUCGCUGUUCCUACCAACAUACAUUGCCAAGGCGCAUCCCUCCUGGAUACAUGUGGAAAACAUGACCUUCUGUACACCAAAUGGAAAUCACUUACACAUGAUAUAUAAGGAAAAUUUUGACUGGAAGGAAAACUACGCCAUGCAUCUAUACAUACGAUAUUAUAAAGUACAUGAUGACUUCACAAGUGUACGGAGGCUGAACGCAACAAUAGGUGCGCUCGCACGCUUGGUCCUGUACAGCACAAAAGACUUGUUAGAGGACUAGUUGUAUUGUUGUGAUCCUGAAGUCGAACGAGGGCUUCAAAAAACUGUUUGAGAAUGAAAAUGACCUUGACUUACUUUCAAGGUCACAGCGGUCAAAUAUGUCCACUGCCUUAAAAGACUUCUUCUGAAGAACUAAAAAGUGUAGAAUCUUCAUAUUUGGCUGGUGGCAUCCUGGGAUAGAUCCAGACAAAGAUAAAGAAUGAAAAUGACUUUGACCCAUUUCAAGGUUACAGCUGUCAAAUAUGUCAAACACUUCAAGCGACUUCUUCUGAGGAACUGAAUCUUAAUACUUGCCUGGUAACUUUUUUAGAUUGAGCGUGACAAAUUUUGCAAAUGAAAAUGACCUUGACCUACUUUCAGGGUCACAGGGGUCAAAUUUGUCAAAAACAUAAAAACGAAUUCUUCUGAAUAGUUGAAAGGCAUAGAAUCAUAUUAUUUGGCUGCUGGCUUCUUGGGAUCGAGCUCACAAAGGUUUGCAAAAUAAAAUGACCUCAACCUACGUAUACUUUAAAGGUCACAUAGGUCAUUAUC